AUGAGCAACGAAGAGAACCAUGAAUUACCCAAGGUUGGGAAAACUGCCAAAGAAUUCAACAUUUUAGCUGGAAAAUACAUUGAGGGAAGUGUGAAAGCAGCAUUAAUACCUUUAGUGAAAGAGGCUUUCCUGCCAAUUAUACCAGAUCAGACGGAGGCGAUAGAAGAAUGUUAUUCGCAGGGCAAAGACUACAUGGAAAAACAACUAAAGAAACAUGUAUAUCAAAUAAUCAAAGAGAACGAUCUAGUCGAAAAACAAAAUAAGCUAGAUCAAAUGCUGACGGACGCAAAGGGAAGAGAGCGAGUAAGCACGCAUCUGGUACCAACACCGAGCCAAGUAUCACUAGGAAUUGUAUAUAAAUCCAAGCAGAUGGAAUUACUGCGUCUGCAGAAGAUGCUCGAUGAUCUGACCGAGGAAAACUACAAACAGAUGAAUGCGAUUAGGACUGAAAUCAAGGAGAAACGAGAGAAACAGGCAACAUUUGACAAGCAGAUCAAACAAUUUUCAAAGACCGUCGAAUACGCAAAUUCUCUACCGACAGAAGAUCUAAUAGCCACAAUGGAAGAAUUAGAUUUGAAGGAUUUGGAUUCGUAA